AAAUAUGUGCUAGUGUGGAAGUAAAACAGGAAAUUAGAUUGAUAAAAUGUGAAUGUUCAAAAUCCAAAAGCAUGUGAAGUACUCUUUGGGAGAGCACAUGCAAAACACCAAGUCAUGUGUGCAAAGUGACAAUGCAACGAUCAAUCAGUGAACCAUCUUCACAACCACAAGAAGUAUCUACAGAUUCUAAUCAAGUUCCAAAUUUAGGAAGAAGAAGUUUACCAAGACCAACAUCUAGCGGAUUUUUUUCGUUCCUCCGUUGGUUUAAAAAAGAUGAAAAAGAUUUAAACACAGACAGUGAAGACGAAAAUUUAAGUAGACCAGUGAGUCCAUUAUUUUCUAGUAAUGAAAGUGUGAAUUCAAUAUUUUCAACAGCAACAGCCACAAGUUUCGCUUACGUGCCUCCUAAUAUUUAUAAGCCCUUCGGUACAGCUUCUCAACCAGAAACCCUUAUAGCUCCUGGACCUGAUACUGAAACUUAUCGCAAAAGACUGAGACAAAGGGAGCGACUAAAAGAAUUGGAUCGCAAUUUAACCUUGCGUAAAAAAUAUAGGUUGUAUGCUGCGGAUACUUUACGGAAAAACGAUCGCAUAGACUUUAGUGAUCCUAAAAAAAUAAAAACUGAAAAUAAUAGAAAUUAUUGUGAUUUAAGUUUACCAAUAACAAGAGUAAGUGACAUUAAUACAAGUGCAAAUGGAAGUGUUGUAAAAGGUCACAGGAGAACUGCCAGUGAUUCAUCAAAGGAUAAACGAGCUGGUGCUUAUGUUCAUGUUAAAGGUAAAAGACGUGCUCCGCCGCCUCCUAAAUAUAACGGUUUGAAACAAACUAAUUCACAAUCGAGAUCAUCAACUAUUUCCCGCAAAAAGCGACCAGCACCUCCGCCACCAAUUGAGCUAAAAAACGAAGAUACUAAACCUAAUAAUUUCAAUAAUAUGGAUAACCCAAAAGACCCUAGUGAUAUUCCUAAAGAGGACCCAAUAGCUAAUGAUUCAUUGAAACUUGAAAAAGGUGUUCUGAAACCAAGCAAAUCCAUUGUUAUUAAAGAAGACAUGUCGUUAGGAAAAGAAAUCAAGGAUGUACCGCCAGUAUCUCCUAGGCCAUGGUAUAAACGCACAGGUGGUAACUCUAAAGAUUUCAAAAAAGAUAAACCUUUAGAUAAAUCUAAAGAUAAAGAAAAUGCAGCUUUUCCUGAAGUUAACUACUGUAGAAGUAGUACCGCAAGCGAUUACAAUCCAAGAUUCAGUUUCUUUUCAAAAAUAAAUGAUAAAUCUGAUGAUAAAAAGAAAGAUUCAGAAAAAAGAAAAUCUGGUUUGUCAAUGUUGGCAAAUAUAAGCGAAUUAGAUCGCGAAGCAGCAGCAAUUGUUAAUAGCCAACGGGAACAAAGCCAAAAUGACGAGUUUGAUGAAAUUCCAAGUUUUCUUAGACCGCAUGUUCCAGAAAAAGAAGAGGAAAAUGGUCCGAAAUCAGCAAGAGACUUAAUAUCAAAAUUCAACGCUAUCACUAACGUGACUAAAGUUACUGUAAACUCAGCAUUUUUCAAUCCAAAAGAAUCUGCAAAAUUAUUUCCAAAAAAUGCUAAUAAGCCACCAACCGCUUACUUUUUACAAAACUCUGAUUUAUUAGGUACUUCUUCAAAAACAAGCCCCGCUCAAGAAUCUGAAACACCGCCAAUGAAAAGAAGUAUCUUCAGCACUUCUGGAUUUACAAAACCGGCCUCAAACUUAACUUCAAUAGAUGAUAUUGAAUCAAAGUUGAACUCGGGAAUUCCAAUGAAUUGCACAAAUAAUUCCCCUAAGUUAGAAAAACAAGAGAUCAAUGACAAUCUUGAUAAUGAAUUUCCUAAAAAGUUUCCAAUGAAGUCACAAUCUUCAGUCAAUUUGAAUUCGUCUAUAAAUUGGACUUGUAAAAACUGUAGCGCCCAAAAUCCGCACUGGAAAUCAACCUGCACAAGUUGUAAUGUAUCUAAAGAUAAUAUAAAUGAUGGCAAAUUGAACGCAAAAAUUACAGAUUCUCCCAAAAGUAGGAAACGGACACUGGGUGAUUGGGAAAAAGAACUCAAAAAGUAUUUUCCAACUAAAACUCGAAACUCUUUGUGUGAUUUGAAAAAGUCUUCAUCUGAUAGAUCAAUAUUUAAACCUAUAAAUGAAAAUGUAAAUAAAAAUGUAUUGAACAAGAAUAAGGAAGUAUAUCAAUUGCACGAAACCAAAAAAAUGGAUGUAAACAACUUAAACAUUUCAACUAAUAAAGAAUUUAAACCUAUAAAUGAUAAUGCAGCUAAUAAAAUGUUUAUUAAACCGAACAUGGAAUUCAAUAAUGAUAGUUCAUUAAACAAAACGUUUGUAAAACCUAAUAUGGAAGAAGUGCGUAAAAUCAGAUUAGAACGCUUUAGCGCUAAUCUUGAUGAUAUUGCUCCCAUUCCCAAUCGUGAUGAAAAUGAGUUAGAACAAAGCAGAUUAUUUGAACGCUUGAGAGAAAUGAAAAAUUCUUUGCCGAAACAACAUAUUCCUCCACGAAAACCUGUUACCCCGGAGCCUAAAAUUAUUAAUAAGCCUGAGCAUAUUGUACACACACCUCAAAACUUCAAAGAUGAUGCAAAGAAUUUCCCUAAAGAUGAUACCAAUAAAUUUGGUGCUAUUAAAAAAACUCAGGUGUUCAAUGAACCUGAAACUGCGAAGGAGCCUGAAAUGUCUGUCUAUGUCGUGACGACUCAUACAGAAUUUGAUGAUAUCAAAGUUCGGAAUGAAAAUGCAAAUAAACCAUUGAAAGUGUCUAGUUCAUGUCAAACAAGUGGUGUUAUAAGAAAACUCGAACCGACUAACAAACCACCAACAAUCAUUGAAACCAUAUUACCCAUUAUGCCAGAAAAUUAUCAAGCACCAGAACUAAAAAUUAGAAAUAGAACAUACGAAUUAAUACAAACACGUGAUUUUGUGAGCAUGAAUAAUGCUAAAAUAAAUCCAAUUUAUCAAAAACCCAAAAAUCCUUAUAUAAGUCAAUCUAAAGUAGCAAGUGCAGAAAAAGGACACAUUCACACUAGCGAUUAUGAUGUUUUAACAGAAGAUCUAAGAAUUCCAAAAAGUAUAAUGAAGAAUCGAGAUACAGCAAAUAAUAAUAAUAAUACUGUAGAAAUUAAUAAAUUGUUAAAAAGUUUAGAAAAUGCGAUUGCUGAUGGACGCCAAAUGGACGCGGCUAGACUUGCUAAAGAUUUGGCAAACUUAAAAGUAAAUUGUUCUGUUAUCAGACAACAGAAUCAAAAUUCUUCCCCUAAAGUUGUUAAUCAUUUAAUCUUUUACAGUUUGGACUUAUAUGUGGAAGACAAACUUUCGCACCAAGGCCCGAUUUUGCUACAAAUACCAAAGUGUAUGACUUUAUUGGGUCUAAAGCGCAAAAUAUUGCACGAUUUUGAAAUACCAAUUGCUAUCCAACGAUGGAUUCUUGGAAAUCAAUUAGCUACUGAUGAUUCAAGGACCUUAGAAGAAUAUGGAAUAAGAGAAAGUUCAGCUCCAAUUUAUUUGUAUUUAGUUGCACCAGAAGAUGACAAAGAAGGUCCAAGCAAAGACAACAAAAUUAUUGUUAGUGGUCCAAGCCUGAUUCCAGAUAUAAAGCGCAAUUAUUCCAAUUUAAGUGAUAUUAAAGAAAUGGAUAGUCGAAGUAUUUCUGGAAGUGAGUUUUCGCUUAACGAUACCGACUGUUUCGAUAUAAGCGAAUACUCUUGUAAUGGCUUGACUGAUGAAGUAGCCGACAUACAAAAUAAACAAAAAUUAGAUUGGACUUGCACGACAUGCACUGUGAAUAAUUACAAUUUGAACGAAAAUUGUACUGUUUGCAAUUCUGAGAAACCUACUGUUGAACAAAAAAAGCAGCUCGAAAGUUUGAAAGAUGAGCAUUACAUGCAAUUACUAAAUUUAGACUCCAAGGAUAUCGUUUCAAAUCUAGAACCAUUUGCAUGCAGCGUUUGUUUCGACAACUUUGUAGUUGGCGAAGGUGUUGUUUUGCGUGAAUGUUUGCACACUUUUUGCCGUGAAUGUUUGACGAAUACUAUAAAAUAUUCGGAAGAACCAGAAGUGAAAUGUCCAUUUAGGAACGAUCAAUACACUUGCAAUUAUGUUCUUCAAGAACGAGAAAUUAAGGCUUUAGUUAGCAAAGAAAUUUAUGAACAGCAUUUAGCAAAGUCCAUAGCUCAAGCUGAGAAUAAAAUCAAAAAUGCAUUUCAUUGCAAGACUCCUAAUUGUUUAGGAUGGUGCAUAUUCGAGGAUAACGUGAAUUUAUUCCAUUGUCCUGUCUGCUCACAUUCGAAUUGCUUGACCUGUCAGGCAAUCCAUACUAAUCUCGACUGCAGACAGUACCAAGAAAAAAUGAAGCAAGAUUCAGAAACAAACGCAGACGCUAAGAGAACCAAAGAUAUGUUAAAAGAUCUUGUAGACAAAGGUGAAGCCAUGACUUGCCCAACAUGUCAAGUGAUUUUAAUGAAGAAAUGGGGAUGCGAUUGGCUUCGUUGCUCAAUGUGCAAGACUGAGAUUUGUUGGGUCACCAGAGGGCCCAGGUGGGGCCCCAAUGGGAAAGGUGAUACCUCAGCGGGAUGCCGAUGUGGCAUUAAUGGUAAAAAGUGUCAUGCAAAGUGCAAUUAUUGUCACUAAUAAAAAUAUAGUGUUCAAAACGAAUUUAAACG